UCCAGGCGCCCAGUGACAGGAGGACCGAGGCCUGCUGCUGCUGUUGGGCCUUUUCAUUGUAAACGAUCCCGCGUCACUUCGCCUGUUUCUCCCGGUCCAGGCAGCGGCGGUGGUUCGUGUCAAGGCGUGAAGAUGCCGGCGGUGUCCAAAGGCGACGGGAUGAGGGGGUUGGCGGUGUUUAUCUCGGACAUUCGGAACUGUAAAAGCAAAGAAGCAGAAAUUAAACGAAUAAAUAAAGAACUGGCUAACAUCCGAUCGAAGUUCAAAGGUGACAAGGCACUGGAUGGUUAUAGUAAGAAGAAAUAUGUUUGCAAACUGCUCUUUAUCUUCCUGCUUGGUCAUGACAUUGACUUUGGCCAUAUGGAGGCAGUCAACCUGCUCAGUUCCAAUAAAUAUACAGAGAAGCAGAUUGGUUACCUUUUCAUUUCGGUGCUGGUGAACUCCAACAGUGAGCUGAUUCGUCUGAUUAACAAUGCCAUUAAGAAUGAUCUGGCCAGUCGCAAUCCCAUCUUCAUGUGUCUUGCUCUGCACUGCAUUGCAAAUGUUGGCAGUAGGGAAAUGGCAGAGGCAUUUGCUUCAGAGAUUCCCAAAAUCCUGGUAGCUGGUGAUACUAUGGACAGUGUGAAACAGAGUGCUGCCUUGUGUCUUCUACGUCUAUACAAGACAUCUCCAGACCUGGUACCCAUGGGCGAGUGGACAUCCCGAGUGGUCCAUUUAUUAAAUGACCAGCAUCUGGGGGUUGUGACUGCAGCUACCAGUCUCAUCACUUGUCUGAGCAAGAAAAACCCUGAUGAAUUCAAGACUUGUGUUUCAUUGGCUGUUUCCAGACUUAGUCGGAUUGUGUCAUCUGCCUCCACUGAUCUUCAGGAUUACACAUAUUACUUUGUUCCAGCACCCUGGCUUUCUGUCAAGCUGCUACGACUCCUGCAGUGUUAUCCUCCACCUGAGGACACUGCUGUUAAGGGUCGCCUGAUUGAAUGUAUGGAGACUAUCCUCAAUAAAGCCCAGGAACCGCCCAAAUCCAAGAAGGUACAACACUCCAAUGCUAAGAAUGCAAUUCUUUUUGAAGCAAUCAGCCUUAUUAUACAUUACGACAGUGAGCCAAACCUGUUGGUGCGUGCAUGCAACCAGCUCGGUCAGUUCCUGCAGCACCGUGAGACUAACUUGCGAUACCUGGCUCUGGAAAGCAUGUGUCUACUGGCGGGCUCUGAAUUUUCUCACGAAGCUGUCAAAACCCACAUUGAAACAGUAAUCAAUGCGCUGAAGACGGAGAGGGAUGUGAGUGUUCGCCAACGAGCAGCAGAUCUCCUGUAUGCCAUGUGCGACCGAACUAAUGCUCCACAAAUCGUGGCAGAAAUGCUGAGCUACCUGGAAACAGCUGAUUAUUCCAUUCGUGAAGAGAUAGUCCUAAAGGUGGCCAUUCUAGCAGAGAAGUAUGCAGUGGAUUACACAUGGUAUGUGGACACGAUUCUGAACCUCAUCCGCAUUGCAGGGGACUACGUCAGUGAGGAAGUAUGGUACCGAGUUAUUCAGAUUGUUAUUAACCGUGAUGAUGUUCAAGGUUACGCAGCAAAGACUGUGUUCGAGGCACUCCAGGCACCAGCCUGCCAUGAGAACAUGGUGAAGGUGGGUGGAUACAUCUUGGGAGAAUUUGGGAAUCUCAUUGCAGGUGAUCCACGAUCCAGCCCCUUGGUUCAGUUCAACUUGCUGCAUUCUAAGUUCCACUUGUGCAGCGUUCCGACCCGCGCUCUGCUGCUCUCCUCUUACAUCAAGUUUGUCAACCUCUUCCCUGAGACCAAGACCACAAUCCAGGAUGUGCUGCGCAGUGACAGCCAGCUCCGAAACUCUGAUGUGGAACUCCAACAGAGGGCCGUGGAGUACCUCAAGCUCAGCUCAAUUGCCAGCACUGAUGUCCUGGCUACUGUCUUAGAAGAGAUGCCCCCUUUCCCUGAAAGGGAAUCCUCCAUCCUCGCAAAGCUGAAGAAAAAGAAGGGACCAGGCACUGUGACGGAUAUGGAGGAAGGAAAGAAGGAACAAACAGAGGUCAAUGGUGGUGUUGAGCCGGCUGUGAAUGCUAGUACCGUGUCCACGCCCUCUCCAUCUGCUGAUCUUCUGGGUCUGAAGAGCGCUCCUGCCAGUGGAGGCAGCCUGUUGGUGGAUGUGUUUUCUGAUGCAGUGCCUGCAACUGGUGCCUUGGCACCUGGAUCUGAAGACAACUUCUCCCGAAGCUUGGAUCUGCCGGGUGAGAGCCCUGCAUCGUUGCUGGUGGACGCAACCCUGGGUGCAGACACUGUCACAACUGUGCCUGCUGCUGGCUCUGAGGACCCUGCUUUGCCUGUACCUGAUGCUGAUGAUCUCCUCAACAAGUUUGUCUGCAAAAACAACGGAGUCCUGUUUGAAAACCAGCUUUUGCAGAUUGGAAUAAAGUCCGAAUACAGACAGAAUCUGGGUCGAAUGUACCUGUUCUUUGGGAACAAAACUUCUGUCCAGUUCCUAAACUUCACACUGAAUGUUAGCUGCCCUGGAGAGCUGCAAAAUGAGCUGAAUAUUCAGGCCAAGCCAGUGGAGCCGAUUGUAGAAGGUGGAGCACAGGUUCAGCAAGUAAUUAACAUUGAAUGUUUGUCUGAUUUUACUGAAGCCCCCUUGCUGAACAUUCAGUUCAGAUAUGGUGGAACCAUGCAGAAUAUCACCCUAAAGCUACCCAUAACUGUGAACAAGUUUUUCCAACCAACAGAGAUGGCAUCUGAAGACUUCUUCCAGCGUUGGAAGCAGCUCAGCAGUCCCCAGCAGGAAGCACAGAAGAUCUUUAAAGCUAAUCACCCAAUGGACAGUGAGGUCACCAAGGCUAAGUUGAUAGGGUUCGGCUCCGCUCUGCUGCAGGAUGUUGACCCCAAUCGUGACAAUUUUGUUGGCGCAGGAGUCAUUCACACAAAAUCCAUCCAGGUCGGAUGUUUGUUGAGGCUGGAACCCAACAGUCAGGCACAGAUGUACCGCCUCACACUACGCACAAGCAAGGAGGCUGUGUCGAAGCGACUAUGCGCAUUACUGUCUCAACAGUUCUGAAGUCUCAACAUGUAAUCGAUCUCUUACACUAUACUGUAUGUUUGUUUUGAGUCUGAGCGUGUGUGUCCGUGUGCGCAUGAGUGCGUGAUGGUUCAUUUAUCUAUGCGCCACAUCCAGUGAAAUCUUCAAGAAGCAUCAUGUGACGUCCUUUAAGUACAGUAUAUGUUUACGUGAUUGUAGAGGUUUUUUGCUAUUGAGGGACUUGGAAGAUUCCUUGGUAUGCGAGGCAUCAUGUGAGGCAGAGGGAAAGGGGAGAAGGUGAGCAGAGCUGACACUGGGUUGUGGGGAAGCCGACAUAACGCAGCUGCUAUCUGUGGUACUUCUCAAUCAUGUUGACGAGAGCCCCUCAGUGAUUGUAACAUGCCCCAGUCCUGGGAUUGUGGGGCAUGAUGGCAGUAGCCCGCACUGCCUGCUUUUUGUUUCCAAGAUAUUGGUGAUCAGAAAGGCUCCUCGCAAACCCCGGCUUGGUGCAGCCAUCACAUGAUGUCAGGCUGAGCCGCACAGUCCUGGAAAGACUGCCCUGCACGGCAUGCUGACUUAACUCUGGUUUGGUGUUGCCAUUCCCUGCAGGGAAUUGGGUUAGGGAGUGACCCUAGUUGGCACUUUGACUCUCGGUUGCUCUGCCAGUAUUGGGCUGUGCUGGUGCCUGGUGAAGGUGAAGUCAGACUUGGCCAUAAAGCUUCAGUUAUGCCCUCCCAGUUGAACAGCCCAUGCUAACUUGCUGCCUUGAUUUGCACACAGCACACAGCCACUUCAGGGCGUUUGAUGACACCUUGCUGUCUGAACAUUUGUCCUGUAGCAACAAACUCUCUUUGAGAGACGGAGAGAGUGCGGGGCGUGAACAUUGAGCAGAAUAUUUUCAGUAGCUAUUGGGUGGUUUUCCCUUUUUUGUUCUCCAUGCCUCUGCACAUCUCAGUUGGAUGAUGCCCGAAUACCAAACGACUUGGAAGUUCCACCUCGCUGUUAAUCGAUAUAGUCAUUCCUUAUAUUAAAAAAAAGUAUGAAGUAAUUGUAAAAUGUAUCUGUAUAUAACUCCUUAUUUAGGGUUGGAUAGAAAUACCUGUAUGACCAAUUUACUCUCUGGUCACUGAUGUUAAAUUAGCUGUUUAAAUGUCACCACUGAAAAUUAAGAGGGUGGGCAAACUUUUUUUUUAUUUAACCUUUACGCUUUACAUUUUGUUACAAGUGCAAAAAGACUGGAACAUUUCCCUUCUCAUCCUCUGUAUUCCCUCGUUUCUUUAGAAAACAAAGUCUGCUCUCCUGUCACUUCUGAGUCCCGCUCGAGUCAAACUCUCAUUCCCUCCUCCCCUGCUGUUAGUGGCCAGCACGAGCUGCAUGAUGCGUGCGAUUGAGCAGAAAUGCUUGCUUUAGUGUAAAUGCAAUGAAACAUGACAAUGGGGUGAAUUGUUCCUUACUCUGAAUCUGCUUUCAUGCCAGCACCACUUUGUUUGGUUCCGAGUCUGGGAAGUCUGUGUCCAUGAGCCAGCUCCUCAGCGUCUACACUUCUCAAGCCAGCUUCCCCAUCCUGUGCAGACCCAGUUCUUCAUGGAUUUACAAGGAACCGGAUUUGGCAUCAUAAAUCGAGAGGAAAAGCAGCUUAAACUGCUUCUGUCUCCUGCAAUCAAAAGUUUAAAAUUUCUCUCUCUCUCUUCCCUCACCCCCCGCCCUCUCCAGCUGUCUGCUUCACUCAAAGCGUCCUUCAAUUUUGAAUGUGUCAUCUGUCUAUUUGGGGUCGGCUUGCUUGUUAAUCCCCGACCUCCUGUUUCUUUUUACCUACUACCACUAUUACUACUGCUCUGGGAGUUGUCUUGUAAAUGGUGAGUGAGCCAGUGCUGUGCUUACCCCAGGUUUAGUGUAACCUCUCCUCAUUUUGUUCAGGGGAAUCCCAUCUGCCUAAUGCCUGUAUAUAGAACUAACCCAAGUGACUGGAUAACAGGGCAGUGGAGCUUCUUUGCUGAGCUGUAUAGAGAGAGCCUGACCAGUUUCAAAGGCUGAUUUUUAACGAGAGCAAAACCGCUGGUAAGUUAAUGGGGAUGGGGUGAGCCACAUUAAAUUUUCAGUGGUAGCAAUGAGUUGGACCAUUUUAACGAAUGGAGUUGCUGUGGCCUGGAUGAAAUGCGUGAGUCAAAAUGUAACCUUGGAAAAGGAAACAAAAAAUACAAGAGAACAAAAGAAUGUGAAUAAAGUUCCCGGCUUGUCUUACUGUACAGCACCCACUGCAUUGCAUCUGGCAGAUCCUACAAACCGAGUGUGUUCUGUCCAUUAUUUAAUUUGCACAGUCAAAAGCAAGGAAAGUAUCACCAUUCUGAGCUUCUCAUCAACACUACACUUGCAGAAAUCCCAUUGCAAUUACUAGCACAAUUUCCAUUGAAGUCACAGUGGUCACCAGAAGUAAUCCUGAGGAAAUUCUGUCUUCCAUGUGGGAUGGAGGAAGACGAUAAGAUGUAGGAACAGAAGUAGACCACUUUCUCCAGUGACCUUGCACCACUGUUCAAUAAGACCAUGGUUGAUCUGAUAAUGCUCACCUCCGCUCAUCUGCCUUUUCCACAUAACCUUUGAUUCACUGUCAAUCUCAGCCUUUGAUUUCUAUAAUGUCUAGCCCCUGCAGUAAGGGAUUUGAAUAUCCUCCAAGAGAAUUUUUUCCGUCUUUAUUAUUUGGGUGACCCCUUCACAUUGAGACUUGCCCCUCUGGUCCUAGACUCUCCUGUGAGGGGAAACAACCUCUCUGCAUGUAUCCCUUACGUUUUGCUAAGGUCUCCUGUAUAUUUUUUGAACUUUUGAGUACAGGUCCAAUCGAUUCAACCUCUCCUUAUAAGAAAAUCCCAUCAUGCCUGGCGUCAAUCUAGUGAACCUUCUCUGGACUGCCUCCAAUGGCAGUAAAUCCUUCCUUAGAUAAUGGGACCAAAACUAUUUGCAGUAUUCUGGGUGUGGUUUGGCUAGUGCCUUGUAGAAUGAGAAGAAAGAAUGUUAGCGAUAGUUGGCAGUGAGGUUCAUG